AUGACUAUGGGCCUAUAUAUGGCCUUCGUACCGCACGAGGACCCCAAUAAAUACGGGAUGUUAAUCAAUAUUUACUCGUCCAUACUAACCACCCUUUUUGCUAUUGUUGCCAUAUCAACCGGCCUUCGUUUUACAGCAAACGCCUCGCAUUACCGCCUGUUACUUGAGCGGCGUCUGGUACUCCAUGUCAUUUAUUCUCUUCAACUGGGACUGGUCCUGACUGGUCUCUCUCUCUAUAUGCCAUACGGAGCUGGCGGACAACCAGGGGGCAUCUUCAAGACUUCAUUGAAUCGCCUCUUGGUCACACACCAAGUGGCACCCCAGCUAGGACCCCGAAAAAUCUCGGCACCCAGCACUGCGCUCACCGGCGUUCAAGGCGUUCCCAACGCCAAAAGACUCUCGACCUACCACCCAAAAACUUGCCAGGCUAAGUACAGUAGUCCAUACUGACGAAUAUAGCACAAAUGGCAACGGGGAAGACGCGUUCAACGUCUGUGGGACCCGGCAAUUCAA